GAACGCAUCUGAAAAAGUACUUGUUUCGUAACAGGGUGCUUCAGAUAAUUUUCAUCGAAUUUUCCGUGAAGAAUCCUCGAAAUCAAAAUGUACCACCAACUGAGCAGAGCCACCGGCAGGCUGGUAGCCGCCACUAACUUGCAAAGCCCACUAUUCCCAGUUGCGCCCCUUGCCCUGCAACGAGUGGAGGCUCCGAUCCAGUACACCACGAGCCACCUGUCGACCGUGACGGAGGCGGCGUGCUCCACCGGCAGCCGGCGCAUGGUCCCGGGCACCAACAUCCCCUACCCACCCGUCCCGGAGAAUGUGCGCAAACAGCAGGAGACUUUCCAGAAAGACAAUGACCAGCCCGUGUUCCUGAAGGGAGGUGCCUUCGACAGCAUCCUGUACCGUCUGACCAUGGCUCUGUGCGUUGUCGGCAUCAUCGGGGUCGCUGACACCGUCUACGGGCACGCUUUCCCCAAGAAGGCGUAAAUCUUACCAAAAUAGUUUAUUUAAUGCGGAUUUAAUUAUGUAUUAGCUACCUGUGUUAUGAAACAACAUCUAGUUGAAGAAAAUAAAGCUUAUUAAAUGAAA